AUGGCGCUAGCAUUUUCUGUCCCGGCAAAUCUGCUCAUUCUCCUGCGGAUUAUGUUCAAGCUCUACGAAGCAAAUUCCUUCCAAGCGGACGACUACAUGAUAUCAGCGACUCUAGUCUCUGGAGUCCUUGGUGCUGUCGUCAACAUUUGCGGCGUCGUGGCUAAUGGGCUUGGUCGUGACAUCUGGACCAUCGAGUUCGGCCAAAUUACCAACUUUGCCAAAUUCUUCUACAUCAUGACCAUCUUCUAUACCCUCACACUCAAUUUGCUCAAGCUCUCGAUGCUGGUUUUCUUUCUACGUCUCUUUCCUUCUUCAGUCUGCCCCAGGGCUUAUAAAGUCACAAUGGCGACAACUGUUUUCACAGCUCUUUUUACUUUUGCGCUCCUUAUAGUUGGCUUGUUUCCUUGCAGCCCCGUAAACUUUUUCUGGUUGCGGUGGGACGGGGAGCAUAGUGGUUCCUGUGUUAACAUGCAGGCAGUGGCUUGGUCGUAUGCAAUAAUUGGUAUCUUACUCGACAUAUGGAUGUUGGCGAUUCCACUAUCUCAAGUGAGAUCGUUGAAACUCUCUCCUCUCAAGAUGCUUGGUGUUGGACUCAUGUUCCUAGCUGGUCUUGUGAUGACCGUUUUCAGCAUCAUUCGUCUCCAAUUUCUUCAGCGGUUUCAUCUUGACUCCCAAAAUCCAACCUGGGACUAUUACGAGAUUUCAAAGUGGUCUACGAUUGAGAUCACCGUUGGAAUGAUUUGUGUGUGUUUGCCAUCUUUGCGGCUGAUGCUCACGCGGCUGUACCAAAUCAAUGGUUGGAUUUCCGUAAAGGAGGGCACUGUUACAGGAAGGACAGGAGAACAACAACUCUCAGUAUGA